CCGGGCGUUCGGGCCUGGACGGCUCCGGCUUUGGGGGGCGCCGCAGCAGCGGGGGCCGGGCCGGGACGGGCUGCCCACGCCUGGCGCAAUGGACACGCUGCCCAUCACGCCUGGGGAGCUGCUGUGCCUGGGCUCCAGCAUCGCCUUCUCUGGGCUCUUUUACUACCUGUACAGGAAGAAAGCCAAAGUCGCAGCACGCAUCCAGGAGGCCCCAAAGCUCCAGGUUGAUGAUGAUUUGCCAGCACUGGUGUCUGCAGCUGAUGGGAGGUGCCUGUCUUACGUCGCCCUGGAAGGCGUAGUGCUGCCAGCCAAGGCCGCGCUGUCCAGCCAUUAUCAUGAGGAGAUGCAGGGUGUGAUCCAGAAAUUGCUUCUAAAAGAACAUCGGCUGAUCUGGAACAGCUUGGCCCGGAGCUGGAGCGAGAGCGAACGGGUGCUCUCAGAGCAGGUCUACACUGUCCCCUUCUUGCUGGCCUCCCAAGAUGCUGAGGCGGUGACGCAGGUGAGCGUGGAGAGCCCGCUCCGAGCCGUCCAUCUGCCCCUGGAGACGGUGUACGAGCGGUUCCAGCAGCCAGCCCACGGUUUCCGCGACCUGCUGGGCCACUACCUGAGCGGGGAGAAACCCAAGGGCAUCCUAGAGACGGAGGAGAUGCUGCGAGUCGGGGCCGGGCUGACAGGCAUCGGGGAGCUGGCCCUGCACCCUGAUGGCUCCCUGCACCUCCAGCCGCCGGGCCGGGGGGGCGAGUAUUUCCUGUGCCUGGGGGACUGGCAGUCGGUGCUGGCGGAGCUGGAGUCGGCCAGCGCGCUCUGGAAGGGGGCAGCCGUGCUGUGUGCCCUGGCAGGCUUAGCGGUCCUCCUGCACGCCCUGUGCCGAGCCUACCGCCACAGCCGCCUCAAGCAGAAGCCUGAAGACAAGGAGCUGGACAGCGAGGAGGCCGCGGACGAGGGGCUCGAGGACUCCUGUGUGGUCUGCCUGAUGCGGCCCCGCGAGUGCGUCCUUCUGGGCUGCGGUCACAUCUGCUGCUGCUUCCGCUGCUUCCAGGCCUUGCCCACCCGCCUCUGCCCCAUCUGCCGGGGACCCAUUGACCGUGUGGUGCCCCUAUACCAAGCCUGAGAGCGCUUGAGGGGCACACGCAGGGGCAGCAUGAACCAAGCCAAGCCUUGAGCCUAUAGAAAUGUCCGCUGUCCGCUUGCAUGCAAGUGUGCAAUUCCUCCUUGGGGGGGGGGGGUCCUGAUUUGCCUCCCAUCCAUUUUUGGGUGGUCAAGGGCAUUCUCUAUAAAGCCAGGGCAGACUUUUAGCCCUCCACUCUCCUCUUUGAAUUCUGUCUGCCAGAGGGAGCCCCUUUAGUGACAGUAUUUGGGAGGAAACACGCUCUCUGGUGCCUGACAAAAGGAGAAAGCUCCCCCGCACCACCCAGGGCAUUUACUUUGGCAGGUAGCUGUUUAAACCUUGUUUUCGUAGCAUUGACCCAAGGCAGGGACCCUUCCUUCCGGGAGGCAUGUGGGUUUUUUCCUUGUUUUGCUUUUCCAGCAUGUGGCUUUUUUCUCAGAAAGAGUGACUGGGAUGGGAGGGGAAGAUACCAGGGCUGGAUGGAUAUAUCUGGGGAAGGGGAGGACACAGACCUGGCCAUGAUUACAGUGUUUCUCUUAAUUGGUGUGGCUAUGGCCACUGUACAGACUGUGCAGGAGCAUUUGGGGGCUGGAGGUCCCAUUUGGGGGGAAAAUCUGAAUUUUGCCUUUGCCAGCUGCUACUCUAUCCCCUGCUUCCCUGGGAUGGGGAAGGAAUGUGAGACUUCUGUGGGGCUACAGUGUCUCUCCAUCCCUUACUGCAGAGUCCCCAGUCUCUUCCAGGAGCUGUGCACAGACAUAGGGCAGUGCUGGAGCCUCCUCAAGCCUCCAGCCCUUGCUGAGCCCCUGCGUGUGCCAGCCCCAGAACUCAGCUUUCCUGCCCCCCCUCCUGGGCAGGAAUCCAUGCAAGAGCGACUUGCUGUUGUUUGUUGAUGGAUAAAGCCAAGGAGUGGAGCUCA